CAAAAAAAUUGUUCAUGAAAAUAAAAUGCAUCAGACAAAAUCACAUCACGAAUGCUUUCUGGAUUCCGGAGUAACCAUGUAUUUUUGAUAGAAAUGUUCGUUAUUGUCGGUUAGUAGCACAGAGGCAGAAUUUUAUCCAAAUAAGAACGUGCGUGUGGAAACCUAAAUUAACGACAAGUGAUCACGUGCACAGAUUUUUAAACGCCAGCCUAUUGUUCUGCGCGUCAAAACUUUAGCUUGUGCGCGCGCGUGGCUUGUGGUGGGCGUUCCCAUGACGCGUUGAGCGUGGAUAAAUAGCGCGCGCUGAACGCUGCUCGGGCAGAAACUCGUCAUCGCUAGAAAAGAAAAGAAAGCUCUCUGGCAAAGAAUCAAGAAUGACUCCGGCUGUGUCUUUCCCGCCUCCCGGUGUCAGCACGGUGCACGUGAGAAAAGAGAUCUCGGAGCUGCGAAGAACUUUAAAACCGCUGAUGGAGAAGCGCAGACGCGCGCGCAUCAACGACUGCCUCAACCAGCUGAAAAGCCUCAUCCUUCCUCUGAUGGGAAAAGAUAAGUGUCGCUACUCGAAGCUUGAGAAAGCAGGCAUCCUGGAAAUGACGGUCGAAUUCCUCACCGAUGUCCCUAAAACUCCGAUAAAUGAUGCUACAGUGAGUUACAGAGAGGGCUAUGAAGCGUGCCUGCAGCGGGUCUCCGCGCUCCUCCCGCGCACGAGCCUCGACGGCGAAACCUGCGCGCGCGUGCACGACUUCAUAAAGCAGUCUCUGCGCUCGAGCUCUCCGGCCUGCCGCACGUGCCGCGCGCGCACCUCCAGCACGCUCUCACCGAUCCAACACGAGCGGCUUCUGAGCCAGAACUGGAUCGACAUCACUCGGAAAGAAAGGCGCGCGAGCGACUCGGAGCGACUCGACAACAUUCGGAAAGAAAGGCGCGCGAGCCCGGAGAGAGCUCAGGAUGCGCCACAGGCCGCCGCGCAGCCCAUGUGGAGACCGUGGUAGCACGCGGGAAAGCGGCACACAAUUCAUGCUGCUUGUUAGAUAAUGUACAUAAACAGCCCAGAGAUGAGUAGUAAACAUUUGCAGCUAUGUACAGCGUGCUGAUUUGAGGUACUAAGUCAAGUCGAUUUUUUUUCCCACUCAAGUAUUAUAUACUUCUCGUUCGCUUUGUCAAAAUUCGCUCGUUUGUAUCUAUCGGUUCGUUUUCUUAAAGAUCCUGCGCGUGACCUGUAAAUAACGCGGUUAUUCGGUUUGGGGUUAACGGGGUGAGGGCUUGUAGAAAACGCCUAUGUAAAACCCUAAGGGUUGUCCAGUGUAAGAAAUGUGCUCUUCCACUUCAGUAUUCUGAUUCUGUGCACAUUAUUUUACUCGUAUGCACAUUCUAUUGUGUUUUAAAGUCUCAUGUUUUGAGAGACGUGCUGUUGAUUUAUUUAUUUGUUUACUUGUAAACACGUUGUGAUGUGUUAUACAGUCUCAUUUUUUGAGAGACGUGCGGUUUAUUUCUUUAUUUGUUUACUUGUAAACACGUUGUGAUGUGUUAUACUGUCUCAUUUUUGAGGGACGUGUUAUUUAUUUAUUUGUUUGUUUACUUGUAAACACGUUGUGAUGUGUUAGCUAUACUGUCUCAUUUUUAGAGACGUGUUAUUUAUUUAUUUACUUGUAAACACGUUGUGAUGUGUUAUACAGUCUCCUUUUUAGAGACGUGUUAUUUGUUUAUUUGUUUGUUUACUUGUAAACACGUUGUGAUGUGUUAUACAGUCUCAUUUUUGAGAGACGUGAUAUUUAUUUAUUUUUUGUUUACUUGUAAACACGUUGUGAUGUGUUAUACAGUCUCAUUUUUGAGAGACGUGUUAUUUAUUUGUUUGUUUACUUGUAAACACGUUGUGAUGUGUUAUACAGUCUCAUUUUUGAGAGACGUGUUAUUUAUCUGUAUGUUUACUUGUAAACACAUUGGGAUGUGUUAUACAGUCUCAUUUUAGAGAGACGUGUUAUUUAUUUUUUUCACGUAGUAUUGUUUUCCAAAGUCUCUUUUUUGACGGGAUGGAGUAUUUCUUUUGUUUGUUUAUGUAAUUAUUCUGUACUUUUAAAUAAAAGAAAUGGGCUAACCAAAUGUUUUACCUCUUUUUUAUUUGAUUUAAGCACACUGAGGUGUCUUUAAGUCACUGACAUGAGACAAAUUUAACAUUUAGGGUCAG